CAAGUAAUAUAAAUGUUAGCAUCUCGUUCCGUCUACCUUAAGUCCAUACACCUAGCCUCGACACGGAAUGUUGCUCGGGGGACGCUUCGAGAUAGCUGGUAGGACUCUAAAUUGCACUAAACGAUGCAAUCAAUUUGAAUUGCAGUCGAGUGCCAAGCUGGAAGUUCCUUGCAGCAAUCACAUGCAGUCUAUCAAUAGAAUCCGACUCAACUGCAACUGUGACUGUUUUGUAGCACAUACGUGAGCAUGAUCUUGUAUCUACGGAUCAUGCGCGAUGCGAUCCGGUUUCGUCGGGAUAAUAAAAUUAAUCGUACCGACUACCUGGACCAUCUGUUGCAGCUGCAGGAUCGUAAGCAGAUUACCGACAUCUGCCGAUACAGCGCUGGUUGGACCAAAGGAUCACAGGAUUCCAGUUAAGAAGGGAACGAUAGUUGUUCUGCCAUACUAUUCGAUCAACUACGAUCGCACAUACUACGAGGAUCCGUAUCGCUAUAAUCCGGAACGCUUUUCGCCCGCUAACGGUGGCAGCAAAGCGUACCGUGAGCGUGGCGUUUACUUUCCUUUCGGUGAUGGACCACGGAUGUGUCUUGGCAUGCGAUUCGCUCAGACACAGGUGAAGCGGUCAAUCGUAGAGAUUAUCGAGAAUUUCCAGAUCACGGUGAGCCGAAAGACAAGACCGUUCGAGAUGGACCCUUCGCAAUUCAUAUUAAUUCCCAACGGAAGUAUCUGGUAUAAACCCAUUCUGAUUCACGUUUAUGAUUCGGCAGCAGAACACAACAAUUUAUUUGGAACCGGUAGGGUUUUCCUGUAG